AUGGUGAGACAGAAGAGUGGGCUGAAAUCUGGGGCGCCAUUACAAAGGGCAAGUGGUUACACUUUCUGGUCUGCGGGGACACUUAUCCAGCGAAAAUGUGACCUUUCGCUCCUCCCAUAUGCAGUCCCAGCACACAGCACCUCCCUCCAAUCCAAGUCCGUCCACCAAAGCCACCCCUACUCCCAUGCUGCGCUCAAAUCUGAGCUUACGUCGACUCUUGAAACGGCUGAUGUCCCAGCAAUGAUUAUAGACCGCGUACAAUCAUUUGCGUGCCCAUUGCUUCCGUUCGUUAGAGGUCCUGCUGGGAAGAAGAAACUUCAUGAUAUCGGCACAAGCCCGAGUAAACAUGUCUCUAGCAACAUUGCAAUGUCUGCAUCCAAACUCCUAUGUCAAUCAAUCCAGAAUUUGUGGUUCGCAGAAACAAAGUCAACUUCACCACUUCGUACCCUUCAACUUCACCACCUCGUACCCUUCGAAUUGACGUCUCGCCCACACAAGCUCAAGCUUUCCUACCCACCCAAACAACAUUAA